AACAACAACAACUCCAGGGUUUCCCCAUGCCUAUGCCUCGACCAAUCAGCGCUCGCCAAGGCUCUGACGUCAUCACCGAACCCACGAGAACCAGCCAAUCUCGUACCCGGAAAAAUAUCAUUAUCAUUAUCAUUAUUUUAAGCUUAUGUACGUGUGUGCGUGUGUAUGUAGGUGUUAAUGACAGUAUAUCCCUACAUACAGGACCAUACACACACAUAUACACGUAAAUCCAUUUCCAUAGAUGUGACGUCAUUAGUAAGUGGGCGUGGCUAAGGUCGAAGCCCCGCCCCUUCUGAUGACGUAGGCAUGACGUCACGAGGGCCGCGGGUAUAUAAGGCGAGGGAGGGCGUGCGGGACCCUCAGAGUUGCACGAGACCUCACGCGACACGGAUCAAUAGUCGCUGAGAUUAUUUUUAUUAUUAUUAUUAUUAUUAUAAGUGGCAGACUGGAUAUAUACGAGUACUUAACUGCUACUACUACUACUACUAUUACUACUACUACUACCACUGCUACUACUACCACCAAGACGGCCUCCAUAACCACCGCUACCUCCUCCUCCUCCUCCUCCUCCUUCUCCUCCUCCUCCUCGCUAGCCAUGGGCGGCGAGGGGUCAGGCGCGGGCGUGGCGGCGGGCGGCGGGUCCCUUCACCGCGUGCCCAGCCUGGAGGUGCCCCGCGGCAGCGUGGAGGAGCAGUUCUCCGGCGUGGGCGUGGUGGCGGAGGGUUGGUACGCCUCGGUGGUGGGCGCCACGCACCGCGCCUCGGGGCAGCGGGUGGCCCUCAAGCUGGUGCACAAGAGCGGCACGCGCCGCCGGGACUUCCUGCGCGAGCUGCACUACAACUACUUCCUCUCGCCGCACCCCAACGUGGUCACGUCCUACGCCGCCGCCUUCGACACCGGCAGCGCCUACGUGCUGGCGCAGGAGCUGGCGCCCCUCGGCGACUUGGCGAGCGUGGUGCGGCGCGGCGGCGUGGGCGAGGCGCGCGCCAAGCGGGUGGUGCAGCAGGUGGCCUUCGCGCUGGAGUUCAUGCACGCCAAGGAGCUCGUGCACCGCGACGUGCGCCUGCACAACAUUCUGGUCUUCGACGCCGACCUGCGGCGCGUCAAGCUGGCGGACUUCGGCGCCACGCAGCGGGUGGGCGCCCUGGUCAAGAAGGGCGCGGCACGCGCGGCGUGGGCGCCGCCGGAGGUGUGCGGCGCCGUGUGCCACGAGGGCUAUCACGUGAGCACGGCGCUGGACGCCUGGCAGCUGGGCGUGCUGCUGUACGUGCUGCUGACGGGCGUGUUCCCCUGGGCGGCCGCCGACCCCACCGACCGGCACUUCGCCGCCUGGGCCAAGUGGACCAAGCGGAAGACAGCCACGGUGCCGCGCCGCUUCAGGGCCUUCACGCCACGCCUGCUGCGCCUGCUGCGCCGCCUCCUGCAGCCCAAGCCCGAGAAGCGCGCGGGCGUGCGCGAGGCGUACAAGUACCUGGAGGACGCCUGGCUGGCGGCGGGCGCGGAGCGGCUGGAGGCGGCGCUGGACGACAGCUCCUCCGAGGCGCCCGCCGCGGGGCCGCCCGCCCAGGACAGCGCCGAGAAACGGCGGCUGGCGGAGUUGCUGGCGCGGCACGGCGUGCAGACCAGCGUGGACCGCAGGGAGGCCACCCGGCGGGUGUGCCAGUGGCUACUGGACACCCAGGGGCCGCGCGGCGCACGGGGGCAGCGGGGCAUGUAAGGCUGACCCGCGCCGCGCCGCGCCCCACACCGUGCCAAAGAUUACUGUGAUACCCGCCCCGCCCCGCCCCGCCGCCCCGGCCCGGCCAGGCACACAUAUCACCGCGGGGCGGCCUUUGUAUCAAGGGUCGCCCCGCCGCCCCUCAAGCCCGACACACACACACACACACACACACACACACACACACACACACACAGUCUUCCAGCAGCCUCACGCCGCCACACGCCCACACACACACACACACACACACACACACACACACACACACACACACACACACACACGGGGUCGCCGCCUCACGUUUUGUACAUUGUUAUGAGUCUCGCGGACCAGAGCCAAUA